AAAGGAUAUGGCUCAAUGGUGGCUUGUGAUGAUCCAAUGUGUCGUUAUGAGUGGUUUCAUUAUGGAUGUGUUAAUGUUAUUGAAAAGCCUAAAGGAAAAUGGUACUGUCCAGAAUGUGCACCAAAACAUUCAGGGUCUGAAAUGACCGGCAUAAACAAGGUGUAA